AUGUCAACUACACAACAGAGUGAAAGCAUGAAUGCCUUUUUUGAUGACUAUGUUAAUUCUAAGACAACUCUCAAACAAUUUGUUGAUCAGUACGAUUUAGCCCUUAAGAGGAAGGUAGAGAACGAAGCAAUUGCUGACUUUAAUUCAUUUAACACUGAGAUUCCUUGCAUCAGUCGCUAUUCUCUAGAGAAGCAGUUUCAAGAAACAUACACAAUUGCUAAAUUCAAAGAAGUACAAGAGGAAUUACGGAGAUUUUUAUAUUUGACUAUCUCGUUAUUGGGAUGUGAGGGUGGUAAAUAUACGUUCGUAGUUACCGAUGAAGUUCAAGUGCAUGAUAACUUAUUAAAACGUGCAAACUACACUGUCAAAAUUGAUGAAGAUCCCCUUGAUGUUAAAUGCAGUUGCAAUUUGUUUGAAUUUAGCGGUAUAUUAUGCAGACACGCUCUACUUAUCUUGACUCAGCUAGGCAAGCAUACAGUACCCUCAAAAUACAUUUUGGAUCAGUGGAGGAAGGAUGUAAAGAGAAAAUACACUUUCAUCAAAAGUAGUUAUGACACAAGUAGCAACCACGAUGCCCAAAGGUACGAUAGGAUCCAAAAUUGCUUCUAUGAACUGUGUUCCAAUGCUUCAAAGGCCGAGAGUAGCUGUGUGAAAUUGAUUAGCCAGCUAGAACAGUUGAAGUUAGAGUACCCUGGGAUCGCCGAUCAUGAUACUAGCAACACAGUUGAUCCAAUGGCUUCCAUGGAGGGCACGACAGGUAGAGUUCUGAGUCCGUUGGUAGUUUGGAGUAAGGGAAGACCGCCAUCUAGGAGAAAAGUGCACCCCAUUGAGAAGAGUCUUAAAAAACCAAGCACGAGAAGGAGAUUGCACCAUGGCGAUGUUGAGGUUCCUUUUUAUUAA